AUGAUUCUCAAACUCUUCGGGGUAUUCCCGGUAUGUGUGCAGGAUGCUCUCAUCCUGCACCUGCCAUCGAGGAUAAUUUUCGGUGCGCAUCGCAUCGCUUUUAUCUUUAUGUCGUCGUUCAGCGGGCUUUUUGGAGACGCUCCGGUCGACAAUGACUUGAGCAAACUCUUCCUGGACACAACACAGAAGGUGGAGAGGCCAGUUCGAGCCAGAACAGAGGUCGAAACUCGAAAACGAGUCACGAAAACGACCGCAGAAACGAACGAUGAAAACGACCCUUCGGAAGUCGAGUCGGAAGAUCUGGCCUCAGAAGAAGAUUCGAGGCCCAGGAAGCUGGAAGAGGACGACGAUAUCGAGGGAAAGUACUUCCAGGCCCUAAACAAGGAUACACAUCCUAAAAACACCGAUGAGAAAAAGGACCGCACCCGUACACCCAAAGUUGCAACCGCUACCAAAGUGGAUCUCAAAGAAGACGAAUUCGAUAAAGCUGAGCGUACGGUUUUCGUAGGUAAUGUUCCAGCGACCGUCGUCACGUCGAAAUCCACACAGAAGCAGUUCAAAAAACUCUUUUCAGAGGUGGGUCCAGUGGAGUCUGUGCGGUUUCGUUCCAUAGCAUUUGGUGAGGCUCUUCCCCGAAAAGCCGCUUUUGCUCAGAAAAAGUUACACGGUGCUCGCGACAGUGUCAAUGCAUACGUUGUUUACAAAGAAAAGACUCCUUCACGCAAUGCCGUUUCAAGGUUGAACGCCAGAGAAUUCGACCACCAUCAUCUCCGAGUGGACCAUGUGGCACACCCGGUCGCCAAAGACAACAAAAGAACCAUUUUUGUAGGAAAUCUCGACUUUGAAGCCCUGGAAGAAGAAUUAUGGAGAUACUUCAACCUGCACACAGAUAACGAUGUCGAGUCGGUUCGAGUUGUAAGAGACUCCAAGACCAAUUUGGGCAAGGGCUUUGCGCUCGUCCAGUUCAAGGACUCGCUUUCCGUCAACAAGUGCAUUUUACUCAACGAUAAACCCAUGUCCAAAGAGUCCAAAAGAAAGUUGCGAAUUUCCCGAGCCAAUGCUCACGCCAAGCCAUCGGUGCUUUCUCCUAACCAUAUAGAUAACGUCAAGAAGGCCCGGACGCCCAAGCAGCAGCUUUCAGAAGCACAGAAAUCAAAGCUCGGCCGAGCGAAGGCCGUUUUAGGCCGCGCCGACAGGGCCACCAUCGGCCAGGUUAAACCGAUCAUUGAGGGCCAGAGAGCACGCAAGGGCGAUAAGCCGGGAAAGAAGAAGAAGCCACGGAUCAGAGAACGUACCCAGAACUAUAAAAAGGAACUGAAUACUACAUAG